AUGCUACGACAUGGUGAAUCGGGCGAUUGGAUUGGGACAUUUGAAGGACAUAAAGGGGCGGUCUGGAGUGCGAAAUUAGACCCGGACGCAACUUUUGGCGCGACCGGCAGUGCCGAUUUUUCUGUCAAAAUUUGGGACGCCCUUACGGGCGACCUUGUGACAACAUUGGACCACAAACACGUGGUCAAGAGUGUGACGUUUACACUGGACGGAAUGCGACUCUUGACUGGCGGACACGAAAAAGUCCUGCGGGUGUUUGAGAUGGGACAGAUUAAAGACCAAUUAGAAACGUACAAAACAGAUGGUCGGACGGGAAUCGUGGUGGUACCACCGCUCCCAUUGGUGGAAAUGGAAACAGCUCAGCCCAUUCGAAAAAUUGUCGUACUUAGUGCGAAUAUGGCGGUCACCGGCGAAGUAAAUGGAACAAUUACGGUCUGGGAUUUGAACGCGUAUCAAGAGAUUUGUCAACUUCAAGUGCAUGCAGAUGUAAUGGAUAUGGAAGCUUCAAGAGAUGGAAAAGUGUUGACGGUUGCAGCUGGAAAAGAGGUGUAUUUCUAUGAUGUGGACAAGAAUUUUGAACUGCUGCGUUCCUUUCCAAUGCCGAUAUCAUUUGCAGAGGAAGGAGGAGCAUCAUUGCAUCCGACUGAAAACAAGUUUGUUGCAGGUGGAUCCGAUACGUGGGUACGUGUCUUUGAUUUUGAAUCAGGACAAUUGCUUGAGACGCACAAGGGACAUCAUGGACCGGUGAGAUGUUUGCGAUACUCACCGUCAGGAAAUUCAUUUGCGACGGGUUCGGAAGAUGGCACCAUUCGAAUCUGGCAGAAUGAUUCCAAGUCUGCGGCUGCGACGUCCAUUGCAGACACAAUUGGGAGUUCGAGUUGA